CUGAUAUGGGCUGAAUCAGGCUGUCACCUGCUGCUGUACUGAAGAGGUGGGCUGGGCCCAACUUUCACCAUACAUUUCAUCGCUUUUAGAUACAAUUCAAUUCUCUCCUUGCAUGAGGGUUCUGAGGAUGAGAUUGGAUUGAACUGAUUGAUUGCUAAUGUCGUCCUGUGAAACUCAAACAAACAGGCAAGCAGUCCUGCGGCAUUAACCAGCUCAGACGCACACAGUUCAAGCAUGUUCAGGUACACUCCUCCAUGGCAGGUGCUGUGCAACAGCAUGGAUCAUGAUUUUAAGAGGCAGUCAUCGAUUGUGAAAGACAACACAUAUAAUGCAUGUUCACACCUCUCAGGAGAGGAGCACGCUGUGAUUUAUUCCCAUCAUUCUCUAAGACCUCCACUCCCCAGGCCAGCCCAGGACCAUUUAUCACCCAGAGUCCCAAUGACCAGCAAUCAAAAGCGCUGGGUGAUAAAGCCCUUCUCCCCUAAGCUAGAGCAGUCAGAUUUGCGCUCCAUACUGAGCCCUACUGGCCAACCAAAAUCACCAGAGGACACAUUGAGCAGCAGUCGAGACAGUGACUCUCUCAGUUUCAGAUUCAACAGCAUAUCCAUAACAGGUAUGCAACCCACUGUGAUGCUCUCAUCAGGGAGUGGUGAAAACACUCCAGAUGUGGUGGUUCAGGCCCGGCAGGUUGCAGUGUCUGAGGAUGGAAGUGAAAGUGAUGACUGGAGGCCCAGCAGCCCCAGCAAUCUCAGUAGCCCUGGAACCCCAAGCAGCACAGGCUCUCAUGUUGGGUUCUAUUCCUUUGUAGAUGACCCAACCAGCCUAGAGGCAGAGAUGAAUGAGGCCUACAUGGUUUCUCCUGAGAGACUGGCCAAACUGAACACAUUGAAGGAAAAAAAUUCCUUUAAGCUGCAAACGUACGCAGAGGAAUCAAGACCUGGAAGACUAUUUCAAGAAGCUAAUGGAGAUUCCCCUUACAUAGUUGAAGAUCCCAUCACAGUGCAUAAAGAUGUUGAGGAAAAUACAGACAGAAUGGAGAUAAUUCGGAGUCAGGCUCCAAGGAAAAACCCUGCCCUCAAAAAACAGUGGAGUGCCUUAGAAAAUCUGCACCUUAGUAACACUCCCCAAAGACUUCUGGAUGGGUUUAGUCUAUGUUAUAAUCCUACAAGUUCAAAUGCUCAACAGGCCAGUGCUGAGCCUGGUGCCAUAGAUAAUGAGCAAAUUGACUUUAAUGCUGCACGUAAGCAGUUUCUAAUGAUGGAGCAAUCAAAGCAGAACCCAUUCCUACAGAGUGCACAGCCAAUCCCUUACUCCCCCAAACCAAGAGGAAGAACUCUAUCCUCAAUGGCCAGCAUCUUCACAUCAAAACAAAUAAGUAAAGAGGAAAGCCCUAAGGAGAAUCAAGUCCGACUGAGACAAGAGGCAGAAAAGCCAACUGUAAUUAUUAAUGCGUAUCCAGAAGAUGGAGUUCAGAGUGGUGCCAUAGAAGUUGCUUCCUCUGGCCUUGGUGACCGAAAUGGAGGUUAUGCAAGUGAUGGAAGCAUUUCAAAUGAUCCCAUCAUUUCAGAUAUGGGUAGCUUGUCAGUGCCUAAUGCAGGGGAGACUCCCAUUGAAAGGGAAAUCAGAAUUGCACAAGAACGAGAAGAGAACCUACGACGAUUAAGGGGUAUCUUACAUAAAGAUCAUUCUGAGAUAGUGGAGAUCAAGACCAAGCCAAUUCUGUUCAAGUCAUCUCCACAGCUGAAGCCUCCAAAAACCAAAGAAUCAAACAAGGUGAGUUUCCUCAUUCAGAGAGAGCUUGACCUUGAGAAACGACAACAGAGCCAAAAGGUUUCAAGCCUUCAUAACCAAGAGCAUCAAGGUGAAGCACAAGACGAGCUGAUUACAUCUGAGUCACAACCAGAAGUUCCAAUCACAUCUUUAAGGACAAUUCCCAGAGAGAGUCCCACAAAUGAUCUACAGCAAAGAGAUGUCUCUGUGGUGGACAUAUGGACUGCAGAGAAACCUGUACUAAUAGAUGACGUUGACCUUCCUGAGUCAGAGGAAGUUCUUUCACCUUGCUGCCCCCAUCGACAUCCAGACAAAUCUAUUUUUCAGAGAAACUACAAAGAGAGCAGCACAACUGAAAACCAAGAUGUAAAAGUCCAUAUUACUGCAAAUCCUGAUGAAAAUAUCCAUUCUAAAGUAAGGGUUUUUAGAGAAAAUGUAUUUGAGACACAAAAUAGUUAUCUAAGAACAAAUAAAGUGCCAUCCUGUAUUGUGCAAAAUGGCAACAGCAUGUCAGAGAAGGACAGAUUAUCCUCUCCAAAUAUUCUGUUCCCACUGGAACCCAAAAAAACGUUUUAUACACCUACAUGGAGGUCUCACCUUGAACGCACCAGUUGGAGUCCCCAAAUGCAGAAUGCCCCAGACAGCAUCCGCCAAGAAAUCGAAGAAGACCUUAGGCGAGAACAGGAGCUCCAGGAGCUGAGAGAGUCAAGUAGCCAGUCUUUCUCAGUACCCAUCUCAGCACCCAUGACUCCAGUGCUAACUUCUGUUGAAUCCAGGUCCCUACCAACCACUAGUGAGGAAACGCUUUCCUCAACACAAACUUUACAGAAGUACAUGCUGGAAGAUAAUUCUGUACUUCCAGAAAAAAAGAAGAUGGAUUCAAGAUAUUCUUAUUCCUGUAAUCUGGACACUUCCACUGUCUCCCAAAUAUCCAUGGCAGAUAAAACUCCACCGUUGUUCUCAUCACGGCUCAGUUCCAGACUACCCUCGGUGUCCAUAAUGACACCCCAGCCAUGGGGCAGCUCAAAGCCCAUGCCCCCUACUCCUUCCUGUGUAACCCCCAUCAAGCCCUUAAGCCCACUUGCUGAAGUACCCUCGCCUCUCACUCAGAAAGGUUUGACGGAGACAUUGAUGAAAGAUUUUGAAGACAGACGGGUUAAACUGAAACUAGAGGAAAGCGCAUACGCCGGGAUCCAACCCAUUGAUGCCAUAAAUAACGAGGUCGUAGAAGCCACUCGUGUAAUAAGGCAUAAAAACAAUCGAGCCCUGCAGUGGGAGGCUGGCAUGUACACCAACCAAGAGAGCAAAUGAAUUAGCACCAAGAUGACAGAAUGCACACAAUGCUCAUCCAGCACUGCUGAUGAAAUCAUUGUGACAAGAUCGACUUGAUGGGCUGGUUUAAAUUUCAUAUAGUACUUACAGGCACACCACACUUUAGUUCAUCUCACUCUAUAAAUAAACAAAAGCAAAAGCCAAAGCCAAAGAAACAUUCAUGAACAUGGAACAUUGUUGCCAUCUUUCUUACAGUUUAGUUGGCUGCUCAGAAAUGACUGAUGUGGUGAAACUAGGUAUGGAUAGCAUCUUGCCUGCUUAGGGUGAAUUGUAUGCAUUCGCUUCUGUAGGGAUGCUCUGGUAGUCUGUCAAAGACAUGCAAAAACGUAAAUAUCAUUACAUUUCUCCGCCCAGUGCUAACAUUUUAAAUAAAAUCUCAGUUAAAAUGAGAAUGAAAGGAAAUAAACACAUAAUUUAUUCUUAAAACAAAACACAUACAGAUACACAUAAAUACAUAGUAUGGUAGUUUUUAAAUCAAUAUAAAUCUGUCACUUGAAAAUAAAAUAUUAUUUUGUACUGCAGAUUAUUAAAGUCACUGAUCUCCAAAUGCCCAGUGCUAAAUGGACAGGCCAACCUGCUUUUUUAUUUUUUAAGUAGAGUCACAGAGCCUGUUCAUCUGUAUUGAUCUCAAUGUAUCAAAGUAGAUUUUUAAGCCUUCAUGUCUAACAUUAAAAAUAUCAAUAGAAGAACACUUAUGAUUCAAUGAAGUUGUGACUUUUACAGUAUUGCAAAUUUGAUGACAGGAAUUUAUCUUGAAAAAUUACAAAAAGAUAGUUAUGUCACCACCACUCACAAGAUUUAUUUUAUACUAUGGUCUAAAUUGUCUUCUAUGUAUCAAGAUUCUGGUAUGUUUUCCAAAAAUGCAACUUGUACACUAAUUCAUGUGAUUAAAGGGCUUAUAAAAUGUUUGAUAUUAAUUGAUUAUUAAUUAACAAUAGUGGAAAUUAAUAUCUGAUUUCAUUUAGACAAAAAGUUUCUUUUACAGUUUUGUAAAUUAUGUGAUUUGUUGGGUUAAAAUAGGUCCACAAAAUCAUCAUAUAGCUUUUUAAGCAGCAAAGAUUAUGUGCAAUACAGUUGACUGUCUUGUUGGCUAAGAUUUUACUUUCCCUUUAAUGCACACAAGUACUUGGUGUUCUCUGAUGUUCUGAUUCCAAUACUUUUUCUUCUAAACAUGUACACGACAAUGACACAACAGCGCCCUAAUAAAUACCAUUAACACAUGGUAUACGCAGUGUUAUUUAGUUAACUUGUUUUUCACAAAACAUUUGUUUGGUAAUUCAGUGCCAAAACAUCAUUAAUGAUUCAAAUAUUAGAUAUCCACCUGCAACAUAUUGUAGCUAACUAUCUGAAAUUUGCACUAUCUGAGGAUUCUUUUUUUAUUUUGAUUUAAAGGGAUACAAUUUAUUUUGACCUUUUGAUAUAUAAGAGGUCAUUGUACUAUAAAAACAUACUGUAAGUUUCAGAACUGAAAUCUUCCUCCUUCAUAGAAAAAGAGCAUUUAUGUAAACCAAGCUGUAACAAUGUCUUGAUUGGAAUUUGUGGAACUUGUGGCAUCACAAGGACAAAAUACAUCUGCAUAUGCGACCCUAUUUUUCCAUCAUUGGACCCUUAGCCCCUCCCACUGAUGCUCAGUCUAUCAAACAGUUGAAGAGAAGAGAGAUGGGGUCUGUCAUGUGAGAUUCAUCCAAAGUGGACUUACACAGGUUUAUGUUUUUCUACAUAAACAUUCACAGACAGACGUCUUUGACUGCUUUAUACAUAUCUCGGGCUGCUUUUAAAAGAUGCAGUGUCAAGUUACUGUACAUCUCUGAAGAGGAGAAGCUCUCUGUCAUUCAGCUGCUGCCUUGCGUUCUUUCACCUAUCUGUGCUAUUAGUUUAUUUAAAUGUCGGUGUAUGAAAACAUGAUGUAAUGAUACUGGAAACUGGAUGUGUAUGUGUCUACUUCAGCGAAGAGAGUCAAUUACAUGUUCGGCUCAUAUCAUACUAGUCAUUAUACGAUUCAAGCUUUGCAAAGGAAUUGUUUUUAAAGGA